GCCGCAAACACUCUAGAGUUGUUUUUGCCCCUCGAUGGAAGCCACAUUGGGAUGAGCUCUGCUGGAGACGAAGAGCGCACUGCUGCGAGCGGAGAACAGAUCCGCCCGCCGGUGCAGGAGGGCCGCGAUGCGAAGCUUGCAAGUUUGCAACUGCAGAUUUCGCAAUUGGCGGCCCUGGUGGAGGAGUCGGUGAAGAAGGAGCCUGGCAGCGUCGUGGCGGAUGCAGCCAGUAGGGGCGGCUGGGUUGCUGUCCCCGAAAGCCAAGAGCCCCUGCAGCCGCACGGCGGAGGCGGGGGAUUUCUCCAGCAGCAAGCGAAAGGUAAUGGGCAAGGACCACGGCAGCUGCUGGAAGGCGGAUGGGCCAGCAGAUUGGGAGCAAACCCAGUUGGACCAGCCGGAGUGGGCCCGGGCAUAGGACCGGACUACGGGGAAGCGAGGGGGUUAAACCCCCCAGGUGAGAUACCCGUGAUUCGAAAAAAUGGAGAAUUCCUCGACGGCUACAGCAGUAGCCACAUGAAGAGGGUAACAGUCAAUGCCCCUCGUCUCGAAGGGGAGAGUCACGGCCAUGGCUAUGCCUCGUGGAGGAAAUCGCAUAUUCAAGCGACCAAGACUGUAGGACUGGACGGCCCAUUGAUCGGCAACAACGAGAGACAUGCACCUGUCGGAAACCCAAACGUGCCGAGCUCGAAGCUGUACCGCCUCCAAUACACCAGCGACGAGGUCCAGAGGGGCCUCCAAGCGUUCCACUUUGUGACCACUACCAUCGUCAUCGUCAAUGAAGCCGACAAGGCGAUCGCGAGCAAAUGCGAGACCGCAAAAGAGAUCCUCGCGGAACUCGACAAAAUCUACGAUCCGGAAUCGCAGGGCUCGAAACAAGCCCUCAUGAAGCAAAUGUUCAACAUCACGAUCCCCACACACAGCACCAGAAACCCCAUCGAGCACCUGUACUCGCUCGAGCUGCUGGCCGAGAUCGUCAGAAUCGUGAGCACGGUGCACGCGAGCCUUCCGGAGGGGAGGAAGGCCUCGAAGGGACAGCGGAGGGCGGAGCACGCUCGCCUCGCGAGCGACGGUAGCGGUGGGGGAGGAGCGCCGGGCCGCGGCAACGGUGGCCGCCGCAAGGGUGGCGGCGGCGGCAGCGGCGGCGGCAACCAGAAGGGGAGGGGGGGUGGCGCGAAGGCUGGUGGCGGCGGCGGAGGCGGCGACGACGAUGCGGGCAAGUGUCCGAGUGAUGUAGAAACCCCCUCCAUGACCGUAGCCGCCGUUGCCAGGUCUGUGUACAGAGAGGGGUGGGAACAGGCCAUGAGGGAAGAGUUUGAAGGGCACUUGGGCACGGGGACGUUUUCAUUCGUAGACGGUGCGCCAGAGGGGCGCAGGCCUGUGAGCUCAAAGUGGUGUUUUAGUUGGAAGACCAACAAGGAAGGGAAGAUAGAAAAGCUCAAAGGGCGUCUGGUGGCUAGGGGAUUCUCGCAAGUGCCGAACGUCGACAAUUUCCAUUCGUCUUCCCCUUGCCCAUCAUCCGCAUCCGUUAAACUGAUGCUUGCGGUAGCAAACGAGAAGGGCAUGAACCUCAAUCACUGGGAUGUGAAGCAGGCGUACACACACGCCACGCUAGACGAGGAGGUUGUUCUGAGGCUCUCCGCUGGGUGUGGGGACAAAUUGCAUAAGAUUGUUCAGGCUGAGCGUGCGAUUUAUGGUCUAAAGCAGAGCGGUAGGCAGUGGGGGUACCACGCUGCUGAUACGCUAGUCGAGAACGGGUUCGAGCAGUGCAAGGCGGACCCGUGUGUUUUCCGCAAGAUGGUAGACGAAGUCGUGGUGAUGAUUAUCGUGAUUUAUGUGGAUGACAUUUUGGUGGCUGGGUCUGACGAGGAUUGCGAGGAGUUGCUUGCUUCUCUCAACAAGAAGUUCCCCACCAAAAAUAUGGGAGAAUGCGAAUCGUUUGACGGGUGUGCCAUCGAGAGAGAUGUAGAAGCUGGGACUCUUAAAAUCUCGCAAACCGCGUACAUUGACAGCAUGGUGAAACGCUUUGAUGUACAAGACUGCUCCUUCGAGUUAACGGCGGGGGAGAAGCGACGUCGGGGGGGACAGGAACAGAACUGGCCGAAGUAUGUGCUCGACGACCUGAAAGCAUUCGGGGCCGACCACGGAUCUACGAAAACCGAUCCAUGUUGUCUCGGAAUCCCGGUACCGAAAGACACGGCACCGAAGUUUAAGUGGACGAAAGCCGCGAAGGUAGAGGGGGGAGUAUCCUGGCAUGCGGCGGUGCUGCAGGGAGCUGAGAGGUUCAUGACCUCCUGGCACGAGAAGGAAGA